GUUGUCCGCUGGCGGUUGGAGCCGCGAGCAUGGGAGUGCGGUCAUUUGCAGCGUUUCUUCACCACCAACCCUCCAUCCCUCUGAGCGAGUGAGUGAGCCGGGCAGGCCAUGGCUGAGUCCCGGGGGCUCCGAGCCCCUCUCUUGUUAGUUAUCCUGUUGCUGGCGGUAAGGCAGUGUGCUGUCAGCACAGUGACUCUCCCAGAAACACUGCUCUUUGUAUCGACACUUGAUGGGAACCUGCAUGCUGUCAGUAAACGAACUGGAGAAAUUAAGUGGACCUUAAAAGAAGAUCCAAUCAUUCAAGUUCCAGUCUACGUUGCUGAGCCGGCAUUUCUUCCGGAUCCAAAUGAUGGCAGCCUUUAUGUUAUGGGAGGGACGAACAAAGAGGAACUAAUGAAACUGCCUUUCACCAUCCCUGAAUUGGUCCAUUCCUCUCCAUGUCGAAGUUCUGAUGGAAUAUUGUAUACAGGUAAGAAACAGGACUUAUGGUUUGUUGUGGAUCCCACAACUGGAGAAAAGCAGACUACGCUGACCACUGAUACAUCAGAGAACAUUUGUCCAUCUGCCCCUCUCCUAUACAUUGGGCGCACAGAGUAUAUGAUUACCAUGUACGACACCAAGACUCGAGAACUUUACUGGAAUGCUACCUAUUAUGACUAUUCUGCUCCUUUAUGCAAUGAGAAUACAGACUACAAAAUGGCUCAUUUUGCAUCAAAUGGAGAUGGUUUGGUGGUGACAGUAGAUAGGGAAUCGGGUGAUGUUCUUUGGAUGCAGAACUAUGGCUCUCCAGUGGUGGGAAUGUUCAUUUGGCAACAGGACAGCCUGCAUCGGAUACUUCAUCUCAAUGUUGCCAUGGAAACUCUGCGGUAUCUCACUUUCAACUCUCAAGACAUCCGAAUGAUAAAGUGGAAGUACCAGUUCCCUAAAGAACCCUCCACCACAAAAACUCAACUGGUUCCCACACUUUAUGUUGGGAAACAUGCGUCUGCUUUCUAUGCCUCAUCAUCACUUGUCCAUGAAGGUGUCGCUGUAGUGCCACGAGGAAUUACUAUUGCCCGUGUUCAUGGCCCUACCACUGAUGAUGUCACUGUGCCGGAACGAAGUGCAUGUGAAAGAACUCCAAGCACACAUGUCAAAUAUCCACAGGGGAGUAUCCUAUCAUCUGGAAAUGACAAGAAUCAAUGGUUGUUCAUAGGUCACCAUGAGCUGCCACCAGUAGCACAUACCACCAUUCUGAGGGCAUUUCCAGAUCCAUUGAAGAAGAAUGAAGAGACUGUCAUCACUACAAAGACUAACACCAGGACUCUCGAUGAAUUUAUGAUGCAGCCUGACCAGACGCAAUCAAAAACAUUUGACCAAAGUUAUCGGAUGGACAACGAAGUAAAACAUGAGACUGCAAGUGAGAGUGUGCCUGAAUCAGGAAAUCAAGACAUCUUGACUGUGGCCAUAUUCACUGUGCUAGUAGGAGGAUGGAUGGUGUUUCUGAUUAUGUAUCCAAAAAAAAUGCACCAACAGCAGAAACUACAGCAGCAACAGCUGGAACAACAUCUAGAAGAGAAAUUCCAGCUGCUUCAGCAGCAGCCGCCACAAUCUGGCAGUAAGCUCAGGGCAGACUUCCCAGAAUUCUCAGAAGAUGCAGCUCAGGUCUCCCAAAAAGAUCCACAGGAAUCCAACUCCUCAGCCCAAGAUAGGAGCAGCCAAUACUCAGAACAGCAUGACUAUAAUUUGCAAAAUGGCACUGCCUGCUAUGAUGAAAUUGUUACUGAUAAUGGAACCAAUUUGGUUACUGUAGGAAAGAUUUCCUUCAACCCAAAAGGCGUGCUGGGUCAUGGAGCUGAGGGAACAUUUGUAUUCCGAGGCAGCUUUGAUAAUCGAAAUGUUGCAGUGAAAAGGAUUCUCCCUGAAUGUUUCAAUUUUGCCGACCGUGAAGUUCAGCUCCUUCGUGAAUCUGAUGAGCACCCCAAUGUCAUACGUUAUUUCUGUACUGAAAGAGACAAACAGUUCUACUAUAUCGCUAUUGAACUUUGCAGUACCACACUGCAGGAGUAUGUGGAAGAUUCCAAGUUUGAUCGUGUUAAUCUGGAUCCAGUAAGUGCACUUUUUCAGACCAUGUCUGGCCUGGCUCACCUGCAUUCCCUCAAUAUUGUCCAUCGAGAUUUGAAACCACGCAACAUCCUUAUUUCUCUGCCAAACUCUCAUGGGAAGGUGAGGACAGUGAUCUCUGACUUUGGCCUCUGUAAGAAACUGUCUGUGGGGCAUCACAGUUUCAGCUUGCGGUCUGGCAUACCUGGAACAGAGGGCUGGAUCGCACCAGAAGUCUUAAGAGAGGAGCCUAAAGAUAAGCCUACAUAUGCAAUUGACAUUUUCUCAGCGGGCUGUGUCUUCUACUACGUUAUUUCAGAGGGAAAACAUCCGUUUGGCGAUCCUUUGAGGCGGCAAAGCAAUAUAGCACUUGGAAAAUACAAUUUACAGCACUUUGAACAAGAGGUAUAUGAGAAUGUUGUGGGCAGACAUUUGAUCGAACAAAUGAUCGAUGAAGACCCAAAGCAGCGGCCCUCUGCUCAGUGUGUCCUGAAACAUCCCUUUUUCUGGACUAAAGAAAAGCAGCUUCAAUUCUUUCAGGAUGUCAGUGACCGGAUAGAAAAGGAACCAUUAGAAGGGCAGAUAGUUGGUAGAUUGGAGUGCAACGGCAGAAUGGUGGUGAGGACAAACUGGAGGAUGCACAUCUCUGUCCCUCUACAAACAGAUUUGAGAAAGUUUCGGACAUACAAAGGAAAUUCUGUGCGUGACCUUCUCCGAGCCAUGAGAAAUAAGAAACAUCACUACCAUGAAUUACCCCUGGAGGUACAGGAGACACUGGGAGAGGUACCUGACCAGUUUGUGCAGUACUUCACAUUUCGAUUCCCAAACUUGCUGUUGCACACUUACAAUGCAAUGCAGAUAUGCAGCCAUGAGAGACUUUUUCAUCCUUACUACCAUCAGGGAGCUGGAGGCAGGGAAAAAUUAACCACUAUACUUCCCUGCAUUUCAACUGUGCCAACAUAAAACUUUCCAAAGCCAGAGAAGUAGGAAGAAAUGCUCCAAGCAUCCCACGGUUAUGCUUGUGGUAUCCUGUGAAACUGAGAGAACUGCUCUUCACUUUUGGAUUCUUCAUGUAGAGAACAGGACUCCAUCCUCAGAAAACAGGAGAAAGUUGGCUUGCUUAAUCCCUGCACUGACACAGAUUUAUGUUUGGAACUUAGCAUCCCACAACAAACUGCUUUGCUGCACUUCAUUCUUAAGAUUGGACAGGAAGACAAUAAAUAUUGUAAAAUUGAUGACAGAUUAGGUGAGAUCCCUGCUAAUACUUCCACUCAUUGUGGUAUACAAUCAUCAAAUGGACUGUCCUGCACAGCGAUGGGGAACUAAGACAGAAGGUGGAGAGAAGUGACCUAUUGAUAAUGAUGUACCACUUAACAAUGAUGUCACCUCUGGGGAAGCAAAACUGUUUCUGUCAAGGAGGCCUCUUUCCUGGAAGCAUCGUCAGGACUAAUAUUCAUAAAUGAACUGAAUUGACUCAUCAACAUACUUGUGCCAUACACAUAAUCACUGACCAUUGCAGAAGACUGGAAGGCAGCAGCUAAAGAUGCCUGAACAAGUUGUUUCAUUGCAUGUAUCUAUAAUUUUGCUCUACAAGAAUGAUUUCUAUAGUAACUAAAAAUAAUGACAAGUUACUUGAUAAGACUCCUGCUUUGUCAUUAACUCCAGAAAGAGGAGACACGGUAGAAUCCCAACAACAAUUUGUACCACACUGUAACAAUUGAUACUGGAAAUGUCAUCAGUGCUCUUGUGACUUGUGAAGAAUCUGCUAUUUGUGAUACUGGUAUGAAGGUUUAUAGGGUAACAUUGCUGCAGCAUGAUCUUAUUACCAAUGAUUCGACAGGUCUUUUUCUGCAGAGAUUAUUUUCAUAGAGUAAUUAAUGCAACCUAAUUUUUAAAAAAGAUUUUAAUUCUGUUUGAACAACCAAAGUGACUUUUCAUAUCAGGAAUAGAUGAUCAUCCCUUGAUGUCAGUAGGAAUAACUACCAUCAUUAACCCUGCUGUACUGAAGCCAGUGCUGUUUUGCUGAGUUAAACUAAUAUACUGUAAGAAGAGGUGGGAGUAUAGUGGGUAGUCGAUAGUGAUCAAGAAUGGAAACCACAAAACUCAGGACUUUGCUGGACCACUGCUAUCUCCCAGCUAAUUCUGCACAAAUCCCAUUACUGCCAGUUCUGUAACUCAGCUACUCACUCUUUUUGUCAGCACAUCAGGGGAGGGCCAAUCAUUAUUUGGGUUCAUAAUUGUACAAAUUCAGUGGAAGUUUCUGUGGGCUGUAUACAUUGCCUACAUAGUGAAGUAGGACAUAAUUUAAAAUGAGCUCUGCACAAUUGGGAGUGAAUGUACUUGUAUCUAUUAUUUGGACAUUUGACCAUGUGAAGUUUAUUUUUGGAAGGGAGAGGAGAAACCAGGUACAUGGUAACCUGUACUGCUGCUGGUAUGUGAGAGCUGAUAUAGUGUCAAACAUAUUCUUGUGUUCGUUUUUUUUAAAUCUACAGAAAAGUAUAUGGCACAGAAAGGUCCAUUCAAACUCCAUCUUCCAGCUCUUGGACUGAGCCAUGUAGGUUAUAGCACUUCACGUGCAUAGUCAAGUAUUUUUAAGUAGUUAAAUACAGCAAUGAGUUCUAAGUCUUUACAGUCCUCUGGGUGAAAAAGAUUAUCAAUUCCUUCAGCCAAUUGUUUUUAAAAAACUCUGCUGUGCCUUGUGGUUCUUGAUCUCUCUGCUAAUGGAAAUAAGUGACAGUAGUUUUAGUGUAUUCUUAAAUGCAAUUGAAAAAUCAAACUGCCAAAGAUGUGGGGUGGAUUAAAAAUGGUUUGUUGCAGAUAAAUUGUAGGAAUAGAUGCAUUUAGAACUUUGGGAAAACACUGGGAAUUUGAAGUGCAAUAUAUUUAGUUUUAGAUACAAAUAUUAAGAUAACUGGUUUAUUUCUACUCAUCAUUUUAAAUUGCUAGCUGCUUUGCUGAAAAAUUAUCUAUAUUGAUAUUAUAAGUGUUUGACAUCUGCUCUUUGGAUUUCUUUCAUAGUUGACAUGUCAACACCUGCAGUACCUGAUAUGUUUACACUGUUAUUUUCCUGCUAUGCUCUGUGUGUGCAAAGCUUGCGCACAUUAUUUUCUUGCCCAGUCUCACUGGCUGGGUGGUUUGAGAGUUUGGAAACUUGCUGCACAAGCAUUGCUGUGAGCCCAUCCUAAAAACAGUUGUGCUUUCAGUCUUGUGUUACACAUCCCUCUCAACAGGUUGCAGGAGUUCAUUGGUCUCUGACUGCUUUGGUGGCUGAAACCCUUUCUGGUUUCCAAUAAGUUGCUUACUACGGCCACUAAAGGGCAUAAUUUAUUAGUGCUGUGUAUCCUACUCCAUUUAUAUUCCUUUUCCAUUCAGAUAAAUGUUUUAUAAAAGAGAGCAAAUCAAGCUAAACAAUUGUGGUGAGUUUUUAAGCAACACUGACUGUAUAGAACCUAUCUUUAAUAUGUAGGAAACAGAAUUAUGGCACAUGAUUGUGUUAAAUAAAGUUCACCUUCCUGUAUCUCAACUUUGAUUGUACAUAGAGUUUACACUGUAAAUAGGAGCAAA